CACAUCGUUUUGAGCGUGAAAACAAUUGACACUUCAGAAUCAGAAGCAUUUCCGUUCUUCCAAGUUCCAACCUUUCUCUCUUUUCCGUAAUGCAUCAGCUUCAGAAAAUGACAAUAAGAGUGGUGAUCGCAUUUUCAUGAUCAAGAUUCAAGAAGAAACCCCCCCACUUCUCCCAACACCUAAAUAUGGGAAAGAGCUUUAAUGCUGUGUAACGUCAGAGGUAAUCCACAAGAAUGCUUUUUUUAUGCAUACGAUCUCUGCUGGCAAGCCAUGCGGGUGGUUGUUUUUUGGUUUCGUUGCACAAAACUGUUCGUCUGAUUGCCUGACUGAGAAUUUUGGUUUACUGCAUUGUAAGCUUGUUCAGAAAAUGGAGCCGAACGUCUUGUUAUAGCGAUUUGAUUGGUUAUUGUUAAUUUCAAUUACCCACCAUAAACCCAGUUCGAGUUUCCGAAAAAAGAUCGAAGCUUUCCUGAAUGGGUUGGAGAUACAGAGCUGGGUUGGGACUGAUUGGCACGGUUGUUUUCAUUUGGGUUGCCUCUGCAGAGAUCACUCAGAGCAUCUUCGAAAAGUAUGAACAGCCUUUUGCUCUGACUUACCUCGGGGUGUCACUGAUGUUGCUCCAUCUACCAAUAGCAUUCUUGAAAGAUUGGCUGUGUAGCUUGUUUGGACGGACUAAGGAGGAGAUUCAGAAUCCCAACAUCACUUCUUCUUCAGUAGUUGAGGUGGUAGAUCGGCAUGGUGAAUCACACCAGUAUUCUUCUGAAACUAACAGAACAACAAGAAGCUGUCACUUGAUUAACAAGGAUCUCAGUGAGAGGGAAGAAGGAAGGCCUUUGAUUUACAACAAGGAAGUUGUUAACAAACAUGGUGAUCAUCAUCACUUGCACUAUAAACUGAAUCCCCAACUUGGUUCGCGCGAAAUUGCUAAAUCUAGCUUGUAUCUUGCUCCAAUUUGGUUCCUAUCAGAGUACUUGUCCAACUCAGCCCUUGCAUACACCAGUGUUGCCAAUACGACUGUCAUCAGUUCUACCUCAGGGCUCUUCACGCUUGCAUUUGGGGCACUUCUUGGUCAGGACUCGAUAAAUGCGGCUAAGGUGGUUGCUGUACUGAUUAGCAUGGCUGGUGUAGCCAUGACCACAGUUGGAAAGACUUGGGCAAGAGAUGAAGGGUUGACCCCACAUGAAACAAGAAAACACUCAAUUGAGGGGGACAUACUAGGUCUAUUCUCAGCCAUAUCAUAUGCCUUGUUCACCGUGCUGCUCAAGAGGUCUGCAGGAUCCCAAGAUGAAAAGGUUGACAUGCAAAAAAUUCUAGGAUUCAUUGGCAUUUUCACUCUUGUUGGCCUUUGGUGGCUAUUAUGGCCUCUCAGUGCAUUAGGAAUAGAACCCGGAUUCAGCUUCCCCGACUCGGUAUCAAUUGAUGAAAUUGUGGUGCUAAAUGGCCUCGUGGGAAACGUUUUAGCAGACUACUUUUGGGCUGUUUCUGUGAUUUGGACUACGCCAUUGGUGGCCACACUGGGGAUGUCCUUGACCAUUCCUCUCGCCAUGAUGGCUGACAUGGUGAUUCAUGGCCGUCACUACUCUGCCAUCUACAUCAUCGGCUGCCUGCAGGUAUUUGCAGGUUUUAUCUUAGCCAAUCUUUCAGACAAGUUCUCAGGGGAUGCAGAGUUGUAGCUGCAGGCAGGGAUCCUAGUAGAAGAGAAUGAACUAGAUCCUUGUUCCCGCGGAAAUGUAACGACAAAUGUUCAAAUGUAGUCCAUCCGAGACCUGCUAACUAACAUGGUCCUGUUUCGAGCAUUUGGUCGGCCCGUCUCUUUUGUUCUGCAUGUGUAGAACUUCCUUAACUCUAUAAUAUCUUUGUCGGCCUGUGUAUCGCCUUGCUCUUGUUGCUAGAGCAUGAAUGAUGGAACUCUUUUAGCGGCCAUUUACUCAUAGAGCUUCACACAUAUGGAUCCACAAGACUUGAUGUAGACCAUGAUCAAGUAAGCUUUGGGGUAAUUAACCAUUGUAUCAAUGGAAACACAAUUAACUUGGUAGGAAUUGACCUUCUAUCAGCACAUUCAUAACAACAACACUAAAGAGUAGAAAAAUAUGAACGACGUCAAGAGGUCCUUUGCCUUCAUUGAUGUCAACUGGGGUAAUGUUUCGCUGGUAGCUUUCAUUCAUGUUGUGGUUCAGUUUGCUCCGUAUGUGGUAUUGAUUCCAUUACUCACGUCCUUGGCUGGCUACAAGUUCUUGGCUUAUGGUAGCAAGAGGGCUAGUGAUGAUGAUGGGAUCAUGGGAUGGAAGAAGAUACUGGAGGUGCUCUUCUAGCUACACCAGAAAAAAGGAUAACAUGUAACAAAGGUGGUACCUGCCAUGCUCAUGAUGGAAUGGCUGAACAAUCAUGUACAGAUUGGUCAUAUGAGGUUGAACAACCGAACUAAAUUUUGAAGUUAGCAUCAUAUCAAUUACCAAGCACAUGUAUAGAUUGUGAAAUUUAUUUGGGUCAUAAACCUUGCCAUGCACACAUAGGUUAUGAUUUCUUUUCAUACAUAUAUGAUGUUUCCAUAUGAAAUAUAUGAUUUUUUUGCAUAUACAAUAGCGCUUAGUAGAGAAAUUCAUUGUGCUCGUAUAAGUGUAUGUUCUCAUAAUAUAGUGUUGUUAUGAGAUAUUGGUGAAAAUUAAACUUUUCAUGACAAACACGACAAAAAAAGAGUCAUAUAUCGACAAAAGAUUCAUCGACAAAGGUUAUUCCUUGAUAGUCGCUAUUUGGAAAAUGGAGGAGGUUGUGGAUUUUGCUACGAACUUUUCGGGUUCAACUGCGGAUGUAUUCGUCACAGAUUUGCAAGGGUGUUAUUGCGACAAAUAUAAUUUGUUGCAGAAAUAGAAUACUUGUGGUUAUUGACAAGAAGUUUAUUCGACCCCGUUACUCCAAAUGGUAUAGCGACAACAGAGAAGUCUCGAAACUUGAAAUCGAAAAAAAACGUUUUGUUGUCAGAGGAGCGGUUUCUUCCCAACAAAAGCAACCUGAGUUUUGUUGUUGGUCCCAUUUUUUCUUUUUGAAAUAUUUUAUGAGCUCACUUUCCCAGUUUGCAAUUGAAGUUAUUGCAUUGCUAUUCGUCCUAAAAUUCUUAUUCUUCGUCCUAACUAAGUUAAAUUUACUUUAAUACCUUUAGUUCAUUUAUUUGUCUUUCAUUCCUCAGCAUGUAAUAAGUAUUGAUCUUGGUG